AUGGACAUUGAUCAACCGGCAGUAACGAGAAAGGGGCGAGGCUUCAAAUCAGGCGAGCCAGAGGAUGCGACGGCACAGUACGAGUCGCUCAAGCAAGACGAGCUCGAGACGGCAGGCGCGCUCGGCAAUGCAGCAAGAUCUAUCGAGGGAUGGAUCGUCAUCGUGACCGGCCUGCACGAGGAGUGCUCUGAAGAAGAUCUGCAAGACAAGUUUGGCGACUUUGGGGAGAUCAAGAACUUGCAUCUCAACUUGGACAGACGAACGGGCUACGUCAAGGGCUAUGCUCUUGUCGAGUACGAGACGCGCGCAGAAGCGGAGGCUGCCAUCAGUGGUGCAUCAGGUACCGAGCUACUCGAACAGACCCUUCAAUGCGACUUUGCUUUCGUGCGACCGCCACCAUCUAGUGAGAAAGCCAGCAAGCCGCGACGGGCGAGAAGCAGGAUAGCUAGCUAUACCUUGUACCUCAUUGUACUCUGCGAUCAUAGACUCGAUGCGACUCGGUCUCAGCAUGAGGACGUCUGCAUCACUACAGCCUUGGUCUUAGUUGCGUCAACAGGUUGCAGACUCGAUUUGACUACCCCGCGCUUGCUGCGUGUGGUCGUCGACUUUUUGAGAGGAAAAGGCAGAGAUCAGGCAUAUCUCGAGAUGCGCUGGAUGAGCAGUGUCAUCGACUGCGUGCGGUCACACGAGCGGCUGUAUGCCGGACAGCUCAGCCAGACUUGA